GUCCCGGCGCCGCCACCCCUCGCGCCCCUCGCCCUCCCCGUCCCCUUCCCCGUGGCCGCCCCGCCGCCGGCUCCCUCCCUCCCGGCGUCCCCGGGCUCCCGGCCACCAGCCGGCCUGGUCUCCCGGGCCUGGCCGGGAGCGGGGGCAUCGCGGGGCCGCGCGCAGCCCCCCGCGAGCGGGGUCCCUCCCCGGAGCCCCCACCCGCCUGCCCACGCGGCCCUCCGCCCGCGCCCCGGAGCGCCUCCGCGGCGCAGGGAGGGACGUUUCCUAAUCUCGGGCCGGGGUUAAAGUUCUGGUCCUGGUGAGAUGCUGGAACCUGCGGCCGCAGCCGCAGCCCGUCCCGGAGGUGUCCUGUCGCCUGUCGCCGCCGCCCUCACCGCCGCUGCCGCCUCUGCCGCCCUUCCGGGGCCAUGUUCGCUCCGGGCUUGCCCUUCUUGGUGCUCCUGGCGGCCUCGGUCCAGAGCCAUAUGGGGGUCCUGGGGCCCAAAAACGUCUCGCAGAAAGACGCUGAGUUUGAGCGCAUGUACGUGGAUGAGGUCAACAGCGAGCUGGUCAACAUCUACACCUUCAACCACACUGUGACCCGCAACCGGACAGAGGGUGUGCGUGUGUCUGUGAACGUCCUGAACAAGCAGAAGGGAGCGCCUUUGCUGUUUGUGGUCCGCCAGAAGGAGGCUGUGGUGUCCUUCCAGGUGCCCCUAAUCCUGCGAGGGCUGUUUCAGCGCAAGUACCUCUACCAGAAAGUUGAGCGAACACUGUGUCAACCCCCUACCAAGAACGAGUCUGAAGUCCAGUUCUUCUAUGUGGAUGUGUCCACGCUGUCACCAGUCAACACCACGUAUCAGCUCCGGGUCAGCCGCAUAGAUGACUUUGUGCUCAGGACUGGGGAGCAGUUUAGCUUCAACACCACCGCAGCCCAGCCCCAGUACUUCAAGUAUGAGUUUCCUGAGGGAGUGGAUUCGGUGAUUGUCAAGGUGACCUCCUACAAGGCCUUUCCCUGCUCAGUCAUCUCCAUCCAGGAUGUCCUGUGCCCUGUCUACGACCUGGACAACAACGUCGCCUUUAUCGGCAUGUACCAGACUAUGACCAAGAAGGCAGCCAUCACUGUGCAGCGCAAAGAUUUCCCCAGCAACAGCUUUUACGUGGUGGUGGUGGUGAAGACCGAAGACCAGGCCUGCGGGGGUUCCCUGCCCUACUACCCCUUUGUAGAAGGUGAACCGGUCGAUCAAGGGCACCGCCAGAAAACCCUGUCAGUACUGGUGUCCAAAGCAGUCACAUCCGAGGCCUAUGUUGGUGGGAUGCUUUUUUGCCUGGGGAUAUUUCUCUCCUUCUACCUGUUGACUGUCCUCCUGGCCUGUUGGGAGAACUGGAGGCAGAAGAAGAAGACCCUUUUACUGUCCAUAGACCGAGUCUGCCCAGAAAGUGGUCACCCUCGGGUCCUGGCUGGUUCCUUUCCUGGCAGCUCCUCUUACGAGGGUUACAACUAUGGCUCCCUGGAGAAUGGCUCUGGAUCCACUGAUGCUUUGGUUGACAGCACCGGUACUGGGGACCUCUCUUACACUUACCAGGACCGUGCCUUUGAGCCAGUGGGUACUCGUCCCCGACUGGACUCCAUGAGCUCCGUGGAAGAGGACGACUAUGACACGCUGACUGACAUCGAGUCAGACAAGAAUGUCAUUCGCACCAAGCAAUAUCUUUAUGUGGCUGACCUGGCUCGGAAGGACAAGCGUGUUCUGCGAAAGAAGUACCAGAUCUACUUCUGGAACAUCGCCACCAUUGCUGUCUUCUAUGCCCUUCCUGUGGUGCAGCUGGUGAUCACCUACCAGACGGUGGUGAACGUCACAGGGAAUCAGGACAUCUGCUACUACAACUUCCUCUGCGCCCACCCGCUGGGCAACCUCAGCGCCUUCAACAACAUCCUCAGCAACCUGGGCUACAUCCUCCUGGGGCUGCUCUUCCUGCUCAUCAUCCUGCAGCGGGAGAUCAACCACAACCGCGCCCUGCUGCGCAAUGACCUCUAUGCCAUGGAAUGUGGGAUUCCCAAACACUUCGGUCUGUUCUAUGCCAUGGGCACGGCACUGAUGAUGGAGGGGCUGCUUAGUGCUUGCUACCACGUCUGCCCCAACUAUACCAAUUUCCAGUUCGACACAUCGUUUAUGUACAUGAUCGCUGGACUCUGCAUGCUGAAGCUCUACCAAAAGCGGCACCCAGACAUCAACGCCAGCGCCUACAGUGCCUACGCCUGCUUGGCCAUCGUCAUCUUCUUCUCCGUCCUGGGCGUGGUCUUCGGCAAAGGCAACACGGCAUUCUGGAUCGUCUUCUCCGUCAUCCAUAUUAUUGCCACCCUGCUCCUCAGCACACAGCUCUAUUACAUGGGCCGCUGGAAGCUGGACUGGGGCAUCUUCCGUCGCAUCCUCCACGUGGUCUACACGGACUGCAUCCGGCAGUGCAGCGGACCCCUCUAUGUGGACCGCAUGGUGCUGCUGGUCAUGGGCAACAUUAUCAACUGGUCGCUGGCUGCCUACGGGCUCAUCAUGCGCCCCAAUGAUUUUGCCUCGUACCUGCUGGCCAUUGGCAUCUGCAACUUGCUGCUUUAUUUCGCCUUCUACAUUAUCAUGAAGCUCCGGAGCGGGGAGCGGAUCAAGCUCAUCCCUCUGCUCUGCAUCAUCUGCACCUCUGUGGUCUGGGGCUUUGCGCUCUUCUUCUUCUUCCAGGGACUCAGCACCUGGCAGAAAACUCCUGCAGAGUCAAGGGAGCACAAUCGGGACUGCAUCCUCCUGGACUUCUUUGAUGACCACGACAUCUGGCACUUCCUGUCCUCCAUCGCCAUGUUCGGGUCCUUCCUGGUGUUGCUGACGCUGGACGACGACCUGGAUACCGUGCAGCGGGACAAGAUCUACGUCUUCUAGCAGGAGCUGGGCCCCUUGCUUUACCUCAUGGGGCCCUGAGCUGCUCCUGGUCACCUGCCAGGGCACCUCUGUGGUCCUGGGGUUGCGAGCUCCAGCCCUGCUGCCCAGUACUGAAUGGCACAGUGAGGUGUAAGCCAGGGCCAGGCUCUGCAGUCCUGGGGGCACUGAGCCUCCAGCUGCCCUGUGCGAGAGAGGAGGCCUGCUCUCCUGACACCCCAGGCCUUGGCCAAUUGCUGCUCUCUUCUCAGUGUUGGGGCCUCUGUAGGCCCCCAUCCGUCUGUCGGCUGUGUGUGUCUCUCGGAAGGAGGAAGGAGGGGAGGGAAGGUGAUAGCCGCCCCAUUCCAUGCCUUGCUUCUACCCGUCCUGCGCCUCCUCCUCCGCCUGGGACCCGGAGUCCGUCCUUCCUAUGCUUCUGCUCCAGGACCCUGGCCAGGACCUGGUUUGUGUCCUGCCACGGAGCCCCGUUCUCUCUGGGGCUGUACCUCGCUGCCAUCACUGCCCGCUCUGGUCAGCCACGAUGGAUACAGUGUGGGAUUUGGGGGGCUGGCCAACUGGUGCUAAGGCCUACAGGAGGCCCAGGACAGGCUCCACCCUCUCCGUCCUGUGCUCAGGUUGGCUCUCCAGCAGUGGCAUUUAGCUCCGUUUGAGAGCCUCCGCCGACUGAGGGGCUGAAUCUGGAGGUCAUUUCUUCUUCACCUCGUCAGCCUCCGAGACGGAUGCCAGCACCGGGAUUGGAAGGAGAAACAACGCAUCGGGCCGUUUCUGAGUCCUCGGUCCUGCCAAGCCCCAGAUGGGGCCUUUCAGUGCCACUGACACUGCCAAGAAUGUCCAGGGCAGAUGAGGGUGGUGCCAAGAGCCUAGCCCAUCCUGCCCCUCCGCAGCUGCAGGCGCCCCAGUGCCUAUCUUAGAAAGGGGCUUAAGGAAGGGACAUGCCAUUUCCCUCGUGUCCCCAGCCCUGGGUCUCACCCUGAGACCCAGGGCUGGCUUGAGUCCGUCCAGCCUUCAGCCAAGGUUGUCAGGCACACACGCAGAAGCCUUGGAGUUUACAUGGAGUUAGCCCCAGCUCUGGGCCCUCCGGCUGCUCUGGUCCUUGGUUCCCUUCACCCCACCCGCUCCAUUCCAGAUGCCAAGGAUGAGGGUAAUCAGGUUGGGUUUCUGCCUUGGGGUGGGAAUGUGGUUUUCUCUCCCUGACAUGUUUUUAUCGCCCCUUUGGCUGGGACGGGAGGCUGCUCUGGGUCUUCGUUUCAGAGCUGUUUUAUGUCUUUCCAUGCUACGGUUGUUUCUGUUUUCUAUGAAUGAAUGCGUUCAAUAAAGACAACCAGAUGCA